GGUUAGAAUUGGGAAUAAGUUUAUCACCAGGUAAAUUGAACCAUUCGAAAUUCAGGUUCAACCUCAACAGAAGAGACUGGUUUCUUUUGUUAUGUUCUUUGCACCAAAUUACCCCUCUCUAUUAUCCAUAAACCCUAAAUCACCGCUCCCAUCCUAAGAGACAAAACCCCUGGCCCCCAUCGAAACAAAUACUUCUUCCACCGGAUAAAAAAGUCCUCCUUCUCGUGGGUGGCUCUGGUGGCUCUGCUUCUCGUCGGUGGCUCUGCUUCUCGUUGGAGGCUCUGCUUCUUGUCGGUGGCUGUGCUUCUCUUUUGCUCUCAUGACUUUCAUUCUCACUUUAUAAAUUGAUUUUAUUAGCGAGAAAGCAGUUAGCAUGGCACAAAGAGAUAGUGACAUGAGGAAGAAACCAAACAUAUUGAUAACUGGCACACCCGGAACUGGAAAAACAACUACCGCAUCUGCUCUGGCAGAGGCCACCCAGUUCCGCCACAUUAAUAUUGGAGAUUUGGUCAAAGAGAAGAACUUGCAUGAUGGAUGGGAUGACCAGUUUGACUGCUACAUAAUUAAUGAAGACCUGGUGUGUGAUGAACUCGAAGAUAUAAUGGAAGAAGGUGGAAACAUAGUGGACUAUCAUGGUUGUGAUUUCUUUCCAGAGCGAUGGUUUGAUCAAGUUGUGGUUCUGCAAACUGACAAUUCUGUUUUGUACGAUCGUUUAAGCAAGAGAGGCUACUCAGAGACGAAGAUAUCCAACAACAUGGAAUGUGAAAUCUUCCAAGUCCUAUUGGAGGAGGCAAAAGAAAGUUAUCCAGAAGGCAUUGUGGUGGCGUUAAGGAGUGAUUCUAUCGACGACAUCACCAACAACAUUGCCACUCUUACUCACUGGCUCACCACUUGGAAAACUGUUCCAUAGUGGGAUCCUCAGCUUCCUCUCUGUGUUUUUUACUUUGAUUAUUACCAUUUUAUUUGAGAGAACUUAUCGUGUGGGCAUGUUUACGGUGAUGUUCAUCGUUUACUGUAGUAAGUACACUAACUUUCGGAACCAAAUGGUUGAAUGUUUCCUUUGUAUGAAAUCCUUUUAGGUUAUCAGUACACUCAUAACCUUGAA